AUGGACGAAAGGUCUGAGCUCUAUUUUUAUCAAGCUCAUGUGGACGAAAGGUCUGAGCUAUAUUUCUAUCAGGCUCAUAUAGAUGAAAGGUCUAAGCUCAUUUUUGGCCAAGAUCAUAUGGACGAGAGGUCUAGGCUAUAUUUUUAUCAAGCUUUGAUGGACGAAAGCUCUGAGCUCAACCUUUUCCGAGCUUGUGCUCAGGUUGGCAAAGAGCCAACCUUAGUUCACCAAGCUCAUGACCAGGUUGGCCAAGAACCCACCUCGUCAUGCCAGGCUCAUGGCCAGGUUGACAAGGAGCCACCCUCUGCCUCAACAUGCCAAGCUCAUGGUCAGGUUGGAGAAGAACCCAUCUUGCCGUGCCAAGAUCAUGAUCAGGUCGGCAAAGAGCCGACCUCUACCUCAGCAUGCCGAGCUCAUGGACAGGUUGGCAGAGAACCCACCUCACCAUGCCAAGCUCAUGGUCAGGUUGAGAAAGCACCAACCUCAACUCACCAGGCUCAUUGUCAAGUUGGCAAAAGGCCACAUCGCCGUGCCAAGCUCUUGGUCGGGUUGGUAAAGAACCAACCUCGAUGUGCCGGGCUCGGCUUAGGUUGGCAAGGGUUCAACCUCAAUUCGUCGAGCUCUAGCAUACCCGUGCCCAUCUCUACCUCACCCACCAUUGGAUCCCUCGUGUCCGAGGAAGGGGCACCGUCAUCCACAUCAUCACUAAGGUCGAGCUCGCCUCGAGCAAGGGCACCCUCCAAGAUGCUCUACCACCUCACUAGUAAGCUUGGCCACUUGCUCUUGGAUGACACCAAGAUCUUUAGCAUGCUUCUCGGCCAUGCUCUUCAAGUCGGACUUAGCAUCAUUGACUUUCUUCUUCUCGAGGUCAACCUGUUGGCUGUUGCGAAUCUCGCGGCCUGGUGCUUCGGGCCGAGGGGAUGUGCGUCAACACGUGACGUCCUUCUUUUGAGUGCGAUGCGGUUGUGUGCGGGCGUGCCAGCACGGUCUACCGUGCGUCGAUAUGGUGCUGAGAGAGGAACUGAUCUCGGCCGUCAGGUUCAUGGCCUGAGCUACAAGGCCGUUUUAGUGGUGGUGUUGGUGGCUGGCGGUGCUCCGGCGCGUUGCUCAGAGAGCGACGGUCGUAUGAUAUAUGGGGUGAAUGAGAUGAUAACAGAGAUGGUGAUCCGGCGCCUUGAAAAUCAGGGGUCUCCUGAGUUUAGUAUUUAUAGGAGGAGUCCUGGAGGGACAAUCGAGGUUGAAAAGACCUGCGUGGUGGAGCCUGAUUGGGGCAAGUGGGUAGUCAAAUCGGCAUUCGGGAUUGUGAAGCAUGGUGGUUUGGGAUCGUGA